GGGAAGGAAGAAAAUUCUGAGUUCUGACCUAAUUGACUCCCCGAAUUGCUGCGGAGACGGAGAGACGGUGCGUCCAGUUCGAGCUAGGGCUUGCAGAGAGUUUGAUUCGGCGGGGGGGCCUCCGCGAAAUUCAAGCGUCACGCACAGCCACAGGCGGAAGAGGAUUCGUCUUCCCCAUCUGCUUUAGCCAUAUCAUCGAACACAGCGAAGGAGGAAGAGAGAGAGAGAGGAAUUAGGGUUUUCUUCGGAGGAGCAGCAAGCGAAGAUGAUAGAGGUGGUGCUGAACGACCGGCUGGGGAAGAAGGUGAGGGUGAAGUGCAACGAGGACGACACCAUCGGCGACCUCAAGAAGCUGGUGGCCGCCCAGACGGGCACCCGCGCCGACAAGAUCCGAAUCCAGAAGUGGUACAACAUCUACAAGGACCACAUCACCCUCAAGGACUACGAGGUCCACGACGGCAUGGGCCUCGAGCUCUACUACAACUGAUUUCCCUUCUCCAAACAUCAAACAUCAUCAUCUAGUGUCUAUGGUCAAUAACUCACAUGGAAAUCCUUAGAACUGGGGGACCGGUGAUGCCUAAAAGCUGUAGUCUGGUUCUGUAUACUACAUUUGCAUGGACAGUGCAUCUUUGCUCCCGUUGACUUUUCAACUUUUGUGACUGUGAAUGUGUGAACUGGAGAGCAAACUCCUGUUAUUGGAAAAUUGAGAACCUAAUGGUGCUGCAUUGCAUAUAAAAAAAUUGUUCAACUACUACA